CGAGUUUUAGUAGGAGCAGUAGUGGUAGUGGUAGUAGUAGUUGUUGUUCAGGAGUUAGUUGCCAAUAGCCCGUCGACCUACCUUGGACGUUCGUCGCAAGCAAAGGCUACAACGCAAAGUUUAGAGAGGUAUAUAUCUUCGUGUCACAAAUAUACCUCUCCUGCCUUUCUAGUCAACGAACGGCAAGGACCUUAACACGUACGACAGGAGAAGUGCUGGUGGCAGUAGUAGUCGAAAGAGAAGGAGUAAUACAGGAACAAGAAGAACUUGUGCUUGAAAGGAGAAGGCCAGGAACAAACGUCGGAGGAGUGCAGAAAGAAAGAAAGCCCUCUUUGCCUCUGCCCAUGGCUCGAUGAUCCCAUCGGUGGCCUGACACAUUCCGACCUCCUGCUCCUGCUCCUCUUCCUCGUUCGCCUUUUGGUCCUGGUUGCCGCACAACUAGCUUGGACAGAGCCUGAGAUUCAACGCUCAUGAGCCAGAAAGGUUGUUAAUAGCAAAAGGUUCUUUCUCUGACUUGACACUGCUCGCCUGGUGAACAACCCUGCAAUCGGUCGCCGUCACCGUAGUGAACAACACGCCAGAAUAUUUCUGUGAAACACACACACACACACACACACAUACUCACACACAUAUCCACCCACCCUUCGCGGUGUCGAAGUAGCCUGUCGAACGAAGCCGGAGAAGGAGAUCAUCCAAGACGAGAGGAGGCUCCUCCACCACCACCACCACCUUCACGACCACGACGUACAACUUCAGACCAACCGAUCAACCAACCAACCAACCAACCAACCAACCAACCCAGUCACUCCGAGUAGCGGACGACAGUGUCAUCAUCGUCAAGGUAUCAGUGGGACGUGGAACGCAGUGAAAGAUAGCCAGUCCCUCAUGUGCUUGAACGGGACCACUCAUAUUGUGCUCCCGCAUCACUAUCAUCAUCGUCAUCUUCACCAUCAUCUGUAUCUUCGUACUUCGUCCUCGCUAGUGCUCCGCCUUAUUCAGUGAGUGUGUCCCAUGCAAGCAACAGCUCAAGAGAUAUCGACCCACCGUCCCAUCUCCGAAAGGUACACCUCCAGUUGUCCUUGUUGUUGUUGUCGUCGUUGUUGUUGUUGCCAUUGCUGCUCCUGCUCCUCUUCUUCCCCCCUCCGAAGGUGAGAGGGAGAAGGCCGGAGUAGUCUUCGAGCCUUCGUUCGGAUCUUGGCCAUCCAUCCAGUCGUUGAAGAUCUUCAAUUUCAUUGUGAUCCCGUUCCACUUCACAUCGAGGUGCCGGCCCACACACACAGCCCCUCGAUUGGUCUCAGCAUCUUUUCCACAACCAUCACUUAUUCAUAAGUGAUUCUUUUCUAUAAAAGAUCAAGGCUCCCACUAGACCAACAUCUAGUGUGAAGCCUUACAUCACAACGAACAUUACGACUGUAUCAGCGGCAAAAAAGCGAAGGACGGCGACGGCAUCACCCCCACCUCCCACUGCAACCAUACCCACCACACCCAUCAUCGCACCACCCACCAACCCUCCAUCCACCUCCCCGUCAUUCGCCAACGCCUGUCCACCACACCCGUCCUCGUCGAUCACCCUCACCAAUAGCAUCGCUAAACAAAACACAGCCACCACCCUCAACAGCCACCACAACCACAACCAACAACUUCAACAGCAACAACCACCCACCAAUCACUCCCUUCACAUCAGCAACAUGGAAAAUAGCAGCAAUCUUUCGCAAAGCUUGGACUCCGUCAAUACCGUCCCGGGAGAAGAAGAGGUGCGAACUCUAUUUGUCAGUGGCCUUCCCAUGGACACCAAGCCUAGGGAACUCUAUCUCCUCUUCAGAGCCUACGAGGGCUAUGAGGGGUCGUUGCUCAAAGUUACUAGCAAAAAUGGCAAAACGUCAUCGCCCGUGGGUUUUGUGACUUUUAACACGCGAGCCGGGGCGGAGGCUGCCAAGCAAGAUCUUCAGCAAGGUGUCCGUUUUGACCCCGAUUUGCCACAGACGAUCCGCCUUGAGUUUGCCAAAAGCAACACCAAGGUUAGCAAACCCAAGCAAGUGUCACCAGCUGCCGCAGCUGCGGCAGCUGCGGCUGCAGCGGCCGCGGCCGCCGCCGUGACCUCACAACCACAACUAGUGCACCCUCUCACUGGACAAGCGUUGAGCCCAGCUUUUAUCCAUAGUGCCGCGGAAUUAUGGCACCAUCACCCGUUUUCGGCAUAUGCCGCCAGUGGCGCAGCUGAGCAACAGCUGCAGCUUCAGCAACAAGCUUUGCUGCAUCACCCCGCUUUGCAGAGUCAACUACCGGUCAGGUCGUUCCUAUGAGGGAUGGCCUCUUUUCCUGGAGUCCAAUCAGAAGUCACCCCAACCACACGAACAACAUCCUUCAAUCCAAAUUGGGCCUUUAUCUACCAAGAUCAAGCUCAGAGGCAUGGGAAUAACCACGAAUGACGUGAAAUGGCAACGAACAACGUUGCCAUAUGAAGAACCAGAAUGCACCCAAGAAAAGACCUCGGAAGAAUUGACGAAAUCGAAACCCAACCAAAGCAUUAGAACAGUGUUAUAGCCAAGAAGCGAAAAAAAGAAAAAAAAGAAAAGAAAAGCAAACGUCCAUUUUCAUUGAAGAAGCCGGGCGAUUCUUGAGUGAGAGUCAACCCCUUCAUGUAUUUGCCCCUUAUUAGCAUGCGAUAGUGCAAUAUGAAAUCCUCUCCCCCUCCCCUACAAUCCUAAAUUAAAACCUCUUCAAGCCAUUCAGUCCCUCAAACUAAAAAAAGA